AUAUUGUGUAUGAUUUCCAGGCACUGGUAUUAUUUGAGUGAGUUGAAACAAGUGGAAAGAAUGGCUGGGAGCAGCAAGUACAACUUAAAGUGGAACUCCCACCACGCAGAGACCUUCAGCAGCUUCGACACCCUCCGCAGUCGGGAGAUGCUGGUGGACAUCACCCUGUCGUGCGACGGCCAAUCCCUGAAGGCGCACAAGUUGGUGCUGUGUGCCGGGUCCGGAUACUUCGAGCGGGUGCUCCAGCGUGACAGUCAUCCGAACCCAGUGUUCUAUUUUUUUGGCGUGGACCCCCAUCUCCUGAAGUUCAUCAGUGACUUCAUGUACAUGGGGGAAGUGGACGUUCCUUCCGUCGACCUGGAGAAGUUCAUCCAGUUGGCCGAAGCCCUGGAGGUGAAGGGACUGAAGGGAGACCGUUCCAAGACUUCUCACAGUUCUGGCCCGUAUUACAAUGCGUCAGGGGCGACCAUCCCCGUCUCACACAUGCAGGAUGCCCUGAUGCAUAAGCGCAAGUCCUACAGCGAAGACCAUUAUCCUCCGAGUGUUCCCAAGAUGGCUCGACGCAGUGUGUGUCCACCAGCCGGCCCAUCAGUGAGGAGUACAUCUCGGGGUCAAGCUGUAAAUCAGACAUCUGCCAUUGCCUCUGCAUCCAGCCCAAGAACUAGUCAGGUUGAAGCAGAACCCACCAUCAAAGAGGAAGUCGUGGACUUGGAAGAGGAUUCUGCACAGGGUGGGGACUUUGAGCAGUCGGCGGAGCAGGAGGAGUGGGACGAGGAGGCGCAGGCCUCCUAUUACUCCGAGGGCGAAGGGGCGACUAGGAGCAGCCAGGACUUGCCUCAGAACAUCCCGCCUGAAAUUGAUCCAUCAACCAUAAGGGCAGAUUCAGACUACGUGUGGAGUGGGUACACGAGUAGCAAGAUGAAGGUCUGGUUUUGCGGUGCCUGCGGGUACGUGAACCCGAAGAAGGACAAAGUUACGAGGCACGCCCCGAUACACUCAGGAGAGAGACCGUAUGUCUGCGCCGAGUGCGGCAGGGGCUUUACCCGACAGGACAAUCUCACAGUAAGAGCAGAUACAGACUACGUGUGGAGUGGGUACACGAGUAGCAAGGGGAAGGUCUGGUUUUGUGGUGCCUGCGGGUACGUGAACCCGAAGAAGGACAAGGUGGCCCGGCACGCCCCCAUACACUCGGGAGAGAAGCCGUUCGUCUGCACCGAGUGCGGCCGGAGCUUCACCCGCCGGGACAACCUCAUGACCCACCGCCGGUUGGCCUCGCAUUCCAAGUUCACCAUCGUGGUUCACAAGGACUACGUGUGGAGUGGAUACAGUGUGGGGCACCAGCUGAAGAUGUGGUUCUGUGGUGCGUGCCCCUACAAGAGCAUCAACAAGCAGCACACGGAGCGGCACGCCCUGAACCACUCCGGCGAGAAGCCGUUCGUGUGCGUGGUCUGUGGGAAGUGCUUCCGACAGCAGUCGCAUCUGGUCGCCCAUUCCAUCACUCAUCGGAUGAAG